AUGGACACAGACACACAGAGCCCCCACCACAGUGAAGAGGGUGAGACUGGGAACCCAGCUGGGUGCAGAACCUGCAGGGCAGGACACCUCGAAGAUGGUCUGUGUCACACUGACACCUGCUGGUGCCAAGAAAUAGCAGCAGCCACAGAGAUGCCAGAAACCCAGUCCCCAGACCUCAAAGAUGGUCAGAAGUUGACCACAAUCCUCACAUUUCCAGCCCGCAGAACCCCGCCAUCCCCCCAGGCUCGUCGGGCGGCGCCAGCCCCGCGGGGAGCAGGUGGCGGCGUGGAUAGCCAAGCUGAGGAGCCGCCGCCGCCGCCGCAGCAGCAGCAGCAACAGCCGGGCGCCCAGGGAGGAGAUGAGAGCUGGAGCGGCGCCGCCGGCACCAUGCGCCGCCCGCCUCCGCUGCCCCUGGCCGCACUCUGCCUCUUGGCGCUGCCAGCAGCCGUCGCCGCCUACUUCGGCCUGACAGGAAGAGAAGCUCUAACUCCUUUCCCUGGACUGGGUUCAGCCACGGCUCCCCUGCAAAACAGAGCCCACCUGAAACAGUGUGACCUGUUAAAACUUUCCCGCAAGCAAAAGCAAUUAUGUCGGCGAGAGCCGGGCCUAGCUGAGACCCUGUAUGAUGCUGUGCACCUGGGUGUCCUUGAGUGCCAGGCCCAAUUCCGCCAUGAGCGCUGGAACUGUAGUCUGGAGGGGAGAACAGCGCUCCUAAAAAGAGGUUUCAAGGAGACCGCCUUCCUCUAUGCAGUGUCCUCAGCAGCCCUCACCCAUGCGUUGGCCCGAGCCUGCAGCGCGGGCCGAAUGGAACGCUGCACCUGUGAUGACUCCCCUGACCUGGAGAACCGCCAAGCCUGGCAGUGGGGGGUGUGUGGGGACAACCUCAAAUACAGCACCAAAUUCCUCAGCAACUUCCUGGGGCCCAAAAAGGGAAGCAAGGACCUUCGCGCCCGGAUGGAUGCUCACAAUACCAACAUGGGCAUCAAGGCUGUGAGGAACGGUCUUAAGACAACAUGCAAAUGCCACGGUGUCUCGGGGUCCUGCGCCGUCCGGACCUGCUGGAAGCAGCUCUCCCCGUUCCGGGAGACCGGCCAGCUGCUAAAGCUGCGCUAUGAUGCCGCCGUCAAGGUCUCCAGCACCAGCAACGAGGCCCUGGGGCGCCUGGAGCUGUGGGCCCCGCCGCGGCCCGGGCGCCCGGCGAAGGGCACGGCCCCGAGGCCCGGAGAUCUGGUGUACAUCGAUGACUCCCCCAGCUUCUGCCGGCCCAGCAAGUACUCCCCGGGCACGGCCGGGCGCGCUUGCUCCCGGGAGGCCAGCUGCGACAGCCUGUGCUGCGGCCGGGGCCACAACACCCAGAGCCGGCUCGUGGCCUUCUCCUGCCACUGCCACGUGCAGUGGUGCUGCUAUGUGGAGUGCCAGCAGUGUGUGCAGGAGGAGCUGGCCUAUACCUGCAAGCAGUAGGCCCGCGUUCCCCUCCCGAGCGUGUCGGGGAUCGGAGACGCUCCUCCUGGCCCGGCUUCCGCCCGCAGCCGCCCUGCUAAGGGCGGGCACCUGGAUGGACGCUUGCUCGCUCUGACACCUGCCUGCUGCUUUCUACCUUGGCUCCUUCCCCUUCCUGCCCAAAACUUGUCAAGGAGGAGCGGGGAGACGCGGGACCUCCAGUCCGCCUGUGUGAGUGUCCGUGAUGCGCCAAAGGAUCCCAUGAGGUUGGAGGACCAGAGAAAAGGAGGCUGUAGGACAG